AUGUGGAGGCUAUGGAUAUCGCUAUGGCUUCAGCUCCUCAGCCGGUGCCAUGUGGCUGGAAAUGUCUUGCCGGUGGUGAAGAAGUCGCACUUUGAUGCCCCAGUGGUUGAUAUCCUAUGGCUAGGGAAGGACCGCGAGAUCGUCAUGUUGUACACGGAGAGGGGAACGUUGCACAGGAGCAGCGACCAAGCGGGAACCUUUGAGGAAACCAAAUUGCACAGUGGCCAGCGACAGGUUCACGUGGUCAGGCUCCUGAUGAGUCCAAAUAGUUCGUUCAUCGCGCUGGCCGUGGGGAAUCGCUUGGAGACCUUCGCAACGGAUGACGCGGGACUUUCGUGGCAUGAAAUCCACCACCCCAAUGCGAUCCGUUUGUCCUUCAUGUUUCACCCCAACAGGCCGGAAUGGGCCCUCCUCUCUGCUUGGACAGAGGAUUGCCGCGAUGCGCGGCCUGGCAGUCCUUGCACUCAUCAGUUGCUGGUGACCAGAGAUUUAGGGAGAACGGCCCUAGAAAGCGUCUCAAGGCAUGUGGUGCAGUUCAGCUGGGGCCGUGGCGAUUUUACAGAUCGGAUCUAUUUCACACACUUCCGUGACAAGAACACCAGGCAGCCCAUGUUGAGUAGGUGGAUGGAGAGCGUGGAUUUUGUCUCCACAGAUGACUUUGGAAAGCAUGUCACCACCCACGUGCCUCGUGGGAACAAAUUUGUAGUUUCAGAGCAGUUCACCCUGGUGGCACAGUGCCUGGAUCCUCAGAGCCAGAAUGUCCAACUGAUGGUUCGGAAACACAGCACAGCCAACAGAGAUCAGCCAUUCGAAAAGGCCUUCAUUCCAACAAAUUUGGCGGAGAAAUCCUACGCCGUCCUGGAUGCAUCGGAGGGUUUUGUCCUACUUCAUGUGAAUCAUGGUGAGGGUUUGGGCAAUGUCUACGUUUCGGAUGACACUGGGACGCGCUACGUCCUCUCCCUGCAGCACAACAUCGGCGUGAAUGGGAGGGCUGCUUUUGAAAAGGUCUCAAAUUUGAAAGGCAUCUACUUCGCAAAUGUUUGGGCCGCCAAGAACGCUACAGGAAUUGAGGCGCUUCCCUCCUCUUUCGCCAAAAGUGGCUGGCUGGAACAUGGAGACUAUCAGCUGGGAGAGGGUUCCACCAUGUCUCAAGCGGAACAAUCCAUCCGCUACUUAAAGGCACGCCCCUCCCCCACUGCAGAGAUUUCCUCCCGUCGUCUGGCGCUGCGGAACACGUCGGUGUCGGUGCACAGCUUGAUUUCCUUCAACGCCGGAGGCGCGUGGUCCACCCUGAAAGCCCCCAGCAGCGACUCGGAGGGGCAGCCUAUCAGCUGUGGCAACGGCUGCUCCCUUCAUUUGCACGACAUGACUUUCCAGGAACAUUUCGUGCCCUUCUAUUCCUAUGACAAGGCCGUGGGCAUCAUCAUGGCUGCGGGGAAUGUGGGGCAACGGCUUAGCUACAAGGCGGAGGAAUCCAACACCUACCUCUCCAGGGAUGGUGGCUUGAGCUGGUCGGAAGUACGAAAAGGAGUCCACAUCUAUGAGUUUGGCAAUCAUGGAGCUGUGUUGGUCAUGGCCUCGGUCAAUUCCGAGACCAACCAGGUGAUCUAUUCCCUGGAUGAAGGGAAGACUUGGCAACCCUUGCAUUUGGAUUCGGAGCCCUUCAAUGUGACCAACAUCCUCAUCGAGCCAACAGCUGUGUCUACAGAUUUCGUGGCCUUUGGCAGUCGCGGACAGCAGGGUGUCAUUUAUCGCAUUGAUUUUGAUGCCCUUGAUUGGCCCGCGUGCCAUAAGGAUUCUGAACCCGAUGUACCUGGCUCGGACUAUGAGACAUGGGCACCCUCCGAUGGACAACAGCACCAUUGCCCAAAGGGUACGGCUUGUGGCUGCCUGCUGGGUCAGCAAGUUGCAUAUGUGAGGCGGAAACAGCUGCACCAAUGCUUCAACCGAAGAAAGAGCAAGUUGCCGGUGAUUUCCCAACCCUGCCAUUGCACCAUGGAAGACUUCGAAUGCGAACUGGAUUUUGAACGUGCCUUGGACCAAAAGUCCUGUGUGGCCACGGUGUUGCCGCCCCCCAGUGCGCGCUUUGGGUUGAUGGAGGAGCGAGAAUGUGCCAUGUCGAACUCGUAUAAGGUGGACGUGUACAGACGAGUGCCGGGCAAUCGGUGUGUUGACGGAUGGGUGCCUCCUCAAUUGGAUCUUGCUUGCCCUCCAAAGACUUCAUCGAGCUCCCAUGGUUUCCUGAAGUUUCUGUUGGUUGGGGUGGCCUUUAGUGGCUGCGUCUACAUGGGAAAGAAAGGAAGUGGUGACUGGUUCAGCUGGACCAAUCCCUACAUGGCCUUUACACCAGGAGCUGCCCAGGGGAGAAGCAUUGGCCGCGUGGGAGUUCCAACCGAACUGCCCGAAGUCGCCGUGCCACGCUAUCAUGAGGCCUUGAACUUGUCCUAUGGGGCAUUGCGGGUGAUUGGGUU